AUUAAAAGUUAAGUAAAGAUUGAACACGUUCCUCGAUGUAACUUGUGUAGACUUUAGCCAAUUAAAGCGUCCUAAGGCAAAAUUAGACAAACUUUGACCCCAUGAUGAUAAAUUUAAAAACUUAGAUUUUCUUUAGAGCCAUAUACCAAUUUUGGGUUGGAUAAAAUUCUAUCAAAUUUGACAAGAAGUCUUCAAAAUGUUAUUGAAGAACUUAGCCAACACCCAAUUCUAUUCAAAAGGAUUUUCUGUAUGGUACGAUUUAGAGUUUGCUUAACUUCGUCGAAAGAUAAAUCAUUCAUUAUAUCCUGGCCAUGCCGCAGCUUAUGCGAAAAAUAUUUACCAGUUUCGCAAGAAAUAUAUAACAUUCUUCAUCAACUGAAAAAACUACCUUCAGAAGAAUUCAUAAACGUGCCCGAUUUGGGAAAUAAAUCUAUCUGUACAUUUCUUCCGGAACAGGAUAUAACACACUUAGAACGAUGUCAAUUAAUUGAAGAUUCAAAUCAGAACUUCACCAAAGUGUGUUACGAAGGAAAUGGAAGUGGUUACAUUGGGAUCAUUAAUGUUACGUCUUCUGGAAAGACCUGUCAACCCUGGUCUAUAAAUCCUUAUUUAGACCCUGGCUCUUACCCAACAUUAAAGGAAAACUUUUGCAGAAAUCCACAGGGUCAUUUGGAUAAACCUUGGUGUUACGUAGAAAAGUCGAUGCAACGUUGGGAAUACUGUGACGUCAAAGAAUGCAGCAAUAAUAUUAUUGAUGACAAGGAAUUGUGGGAGAUAAAUGUUUGGAUGAUUUUGUCAUUGCUUGGAGUAAUUAUGGUUUUGUUAGUAAUGGCUUAUUUCAUCAAAAAACACCGGAAACAAUGCAGGAGUGAACAAGUCAAUAUACCGUUAUCUCCUUAUCUUGAAUACAACUGCAACGACGACAAAACGUUAUUAAAUCUUCUGCUACCUCCACAAAGUGAGUCCAAAAUGUAAAACUAGAAUUUGUCGUAAAAUGCGCCAAAAUUACACAUGUAUGUGUUGAUGCAAUAUUUGCCAAUAUUUUACCGAUGUGGUUAAUCGUUGUGGUUAAUGGUUGUAAUGGCACCGCACACCGUAUGUCUGCAAAGAACCAACAUACUUACUCUUCUCGGCAAGUUAGACGAAAAGAAUAAUCACUGUAAUAUCUAAGAAGUAAUUUAUCUCAAACUUAUUCGUAAUGUAUAAAACUUACUUUUUGCUUGUCAGUUUUUACUGAUCGUAUUUCCAACGUUCUUUGUUAUUAAAUACAAUUACCCUUUAA